GCACUACACUACACUACUCUACUCUACACUACGCUACACUACACCUACAACUACAACUUCAACUUGGCCAUUCUUGUCUUUCUUCUGUCUAUCUCUAUCGACACUACGAUUCCAUCUCUUACUCUAGGCAUGCAGCAGCAUCUCAUCUAAGUCUCGCCGUCACUUGUGCUACCGUCACCACUCCCGGAACAUAAACCUUCUCAAAACUCACCCACUCCAUUGACAAGCUCCAACCUCUCUGAUUCGAGUCCUGCAACUCUUAACCACGGUUGUUACAGAUCACGACAUUCCGGAUUGCUCUAUUUCUUUUCUGGCUUUCCAUUCUCUGUCCCAAAACUCUGCCCUGAAAAAGUCACGACUAGGCAGCACAGCAACUCAGAAUCAACUCGUCAACGACUCUGUUCGACCCUCAAAAUCAAUCCUCAGAUCCAAGGAAGAAAACGACAAGUCAAAACAUCAUCAAUUCUCAGAAAUUUCAAGUAACCAAAAAAAAAAAAAAAACAGCAAUGUCUGCCUACACUGUGUUGGCUGAUCAGUCACAGCUUGGUGCUCCGGCAUUCACCACUGCAGAUGCUGUGACUCUCGACCCCUCACUGGACAGCAACCACGUCUUGUCUGGAGACUUCAUGAACUUUGGUCUGACUGCUGAAGAAGAACCCGUAUGGAAUAUGAGUCCGAUUUCACCAUCCUUUGCCAAUUGGAACCCCAAGUCAGAUGCGACCUUUGUUCGCAACGGCCAACCUACUCCACCAUUGGAUGAUCCACAACAGCAACAGCAACAGCAACAACAGCAACAACUACAGCAGCAGCAGCCUGUGACUCUGUCAAGGGAUAUGAUGGCGGUCUUUGAGAAUCGAAAUGCCUGGGACGAUACUCCGACUCCGCCGAGUAGCAGUCGCAAUAGCUCGGCAGAUCAUAGCGCCAUCGGUAGAUUUCCCUAUUCUAGUGUGUCCAAGAGGCGGAGACUGCGGGAGCACAAGCCCUCGAUAGCAACUACGGUGAGCAGCGGCGCCGACUCAGACGAUCAGGAUCACGCCAAACGGGAGAAAUUCCUCGAGAGGAACCGGUUAGCAGCGAGUAAAUGCCGACAGAAGAAGAAGGAACACACCAUGAUGCUCGAGUCGCGAUUCAAAGAACAGUCGGACAAGAGGGAGCGACUCAACUCGGAAAUUUCACGGCUUCGCAGCGAGAUUCUAGGAUUAAAAAACGAGGUUUUACGACAUGCUCAGUGCGGUGACGAGCCGAUCAAACUCCACCUUGCUCAGAUGGUCAAGCAGAUUGCAAACAAAGACCGGGAUGAUCCAGCUGCAAGCAGUCCACAGCUUUCUGAUACGACACCUCCCAUGCGCGGAUCCGUGUCCUUUGGAUUCGACGAGCCUCUACCACUGGAGGACGGUGCUUCACUAGAGCAGCAGAUUCGACGGGACUCGGAAGCAUCGAUUGCAUUGUCUGGCGAAGACGAUUUUGGAGACUUUGUCAAUGUUUGAUCGGCAAUCUUGAUCACUGAUUUAACAACAUACAAAAUGGCCUUUUCUUAUUCUUAUAAUUUCGUUUUUUCUUUUCUUUUCUUUUUUUCUUUUUAUUAUUAUCAUUCCUAGGUAAUGCUGGCUAGGCGGCAGGACUGUUUCGAGGCUUUACUCUUUCUUUUGAUGUUUGAGAUGGCGACUGGCUCUCAACUGUUUGAAUGCAUGAUGAUGAUAUUGAUGAUAACGGCGUUGUGGCGAUUGUUUCAUGCCUGGGCGCUUCGUGGAGGAAAAGAAUGGAUUUCAUUAGGAAGCUAGGUGGAGUUUUGUGUUUUCUUCGAGCUGGUUUUGAGUUCCAGUAUGUAUGAUAGGGGAUGAACUAAAGCUUUAUACACUUUAUCCUAGUUCUAUUAGAAGUAGACAAUCAUCAUUCUUAAUAUCAACUGAUUCAACUAAAACAUAGAAUUAAUCUCCUCCAAGGUUUUGUUGACCGUCUCCUUCAAUGCAAAAAUCACAAACAAGCAAACGCCCAAGCACAUCCCCCCAAACAAGCAAAAAGUCCCCCAUCCACCAAUCUCAGCGAGUAAAUAGGGAGUCGCCGAGCUCCAUAUAAGAUUGAACAACCAUUGAGAACCAACACCGCACGCAACCCCCGAUUCGCGAAUGCGCGUUGGAAAGAUUUCCGAGACGUAUGGCCACGGUAAAGGUCCCCAACUGAGAUUGAAGACUAUAAUCGUAAAAUAAAUAAGCGCUAUAGUCAGUAUCUUCGUUGCAGAAGGAUGCACCGAAGGAUGACCCAGAUGACUAGCCCGCACCAACGCAGCCGUGGUAAACAUUGAAAUCGCCAUGAGCGCUGCACCAGUAAAGAGAAGCCUUCUUCGACCAAAUCGAUCUGAUAACACCACGAUAAAGAGCCCGCAUGAAACGACUUUGAUGAAUCCGAAUAUACCAGUCAGCAAAAAAGUCUUGUCCCCCGGACCAACGAUUAGGGCAAAAAACUGAGGACCGAAAUAGGCCAUUGCCGUUGCGCCGGUGGAUUGUUGAGCGAGGAAUAUUCCCACUGCAAGUAAAAUGCGAUGCGCAUUGGACCAUUCGAGCAGUUCGGUGAAUGAGAAUCCUUCUUUGGCGGCUUGUUCUUCUUCGAUGCCGUGUCUUAUAUCGGCCAUUUCAUCUGCUAGAAGUGUUUCGUGGUCUUGAUCAUCCGGUACGGCCCGGAUCCAUUCGAGACUUUGUCUGGCGCCGUCUAUGUCUCCGUUUGACACUAACCAGCGCACACUUUCGUGUAAUGUCAACACCCCGAAACCCAUUAAUCCUCCAGGGACGAGUUGGAGGGCAACAGGGAUUUGCCAUUGGGCUGUUUGCGGAGGCAUAAAUCCAACCGCGUAAUCGAUCCAGUAGGAUAUAAAUAUCCCGAUUGUGAACAUGAAUUGGAAACAACUCCCCAUUUCACCGCGGAU